UGCAGCAAGAACUCCCACUGUACAAAUACCGAGGGAUCUUACAACUGCUCUUGUAAUCCUGGAUUCAGCGGGGAUAUAGACAAUUGCACAGACAUCGACGAGUGUGUUAAAAAAACCCACAACUGCAGCAAGAACGCAAACUGUGCAAACACCGAGGGAUCCUACAACUGCUCUUGUAAUCCUGGAUACGGCGGAGAUGGACAUAAAUGCCAAGACAUUGACGAGUGUUCUCAAAACAGCCACAACUGCAGCAAUCUAACUGCCACUUGUAAUAAUACAAAAGGAUCUUUCAAGUGUAUUUGUAAACCAGGAUUCAGUGGUGACGGGUACAGCUGCACAGACAUCGACGAGUGUGCCGAAAAUAUCCACAAUUGUAGCAAGAGCAACGCCACUUGUACUAAUAGCAAGGGAUCGUUUAAUUGCUCUUGUAAUACUGGUUUCAGAGGGGAUGGUUAUAACUGCUCAGACAUCGACGAGUGUUCCGAAAAUAUCCACAAUUGUAGCAAGAACAACGCCACUUGUACCAACAGCAAGGGAUCAUUCAACUGUUCUUGUAAUCCUGGUUUCAGAGGUAAUGGAUACAACUGCACAGACAUUAACGAGUGUGUUCAAAACCACAAUUGUAGCAAGAACGCCAACUGCACAAAUACCGAGGGAUCUUACGACUGCUCUUGUAAUCCUGGAUUUAGCGGGGAUGGACAUGGAUGCGAAGACAUUGACGAGUGUUUUCAAAACAGCCACAACUGCACCAAUACAACUGCCACUUGUAACAAUACAAAGGGAUUAUUUAAGUGCAUUUGUAAAAAAGGAUUCAGUGCUGACGGACACAAAUGCACAGACAUCAACGAGUGUGUUCAAAACCACAAUUGUAGCGAGAAUGCCAACUGUAGAAAUACUGAGGGAUCUUACAACUGCUCUUGUAAUCCUGGAUUCAGCGGGAAUGGAUAUCAAUGUGAAGGUGAAGCGUUGAAAGAGGACACAGCCAUGGAGAAACGUAUGUGCGAUACUUUUACAGAUAAGGCGACUCCGUCGCAAUUACUUGAGUAAAUUGCACAAAUUCAAAAGUGGUGUUCGAAAGAAAAAACAAAACUAAUUUAUCAGAAAACAUCAAUGGUUCGUAUAAAUUAACCGGUCCCGUAUUCGAA